AUGGCGGUGGGAAAAAAUAAGAGACUGACCAAAGGAAAAAAGGGACUAAAAAAGAAGAUGUGAGUGUUAUAAUAAAAACAUAUUUCCAUGGAACUGUUUGUCUUUUAUGUAAGUCUCACUCUAUGAAAGUAGAUGUCGUGGAUGGCGAGAAUUGGUCAAGGAUUCGAGCGGAUGCAUACUUUGUGUUUUUAUUUCAAUUCUGCGAAUGGAUACUUUUAGUUGGAUGUUUGACAUUUUAAAGUUUUUAAAGUGUCGUGGAAAUUUAACAUUCCGAUAAAUGCUUUAUAUGGAGGUGGCUCUCAGGUGUGGUUCUGUAGAAAUUAUGCGAAAUAGUAAAUAUUAUAGUAAAUAGUUUUUUUUGUUUUUAUUAGCGUUGAUCCCUUCACCAAAAAAGAUUGGUACGAUGUCAAGGCUCCGUCGAUGUUCACCAUCCGACAGAUUGGCAAAACCAUGGUGACCAGGACUACUGGAACCAGUAAGUCACUUUGUUUAAAGCGCUAUGCCUGAGAUGGGCCAAAUUCAAUUUUGUGUAAAUCAAUUCGGUAUUCUGUAACUCGCAUAAGUUGUCCACUUUCGACAUGUAAUCCCAGUCUCCUACUUUUUUCUUUCGUAAGAUUCGAAAAAUGAUUCUCCUAGCUGACAGGAAUGCAUGUCUUUGGUGUUCGUUCGUUAGAAUUUAGCUGAACGUAUAAACAGUAUCUCAAAGUUGAUAAUUUUCCUAACUUUACCUUGCCUUUCAAGCAAUGUAGAAAACUGUACUGUACUACUCACAAAUAUGAGACCAUAAUAUUGCCUUAUAAAGGCAUGGACUCCAAAAAGGACUUUUCCAAGCCACCUGCUCUGAAAAAGGGCUAAUGCUGGAAAUAUCAGCUGUAGAAAAUAUUUGCAGAGGGCAAUUUAUGCGAGCAACUCUGCAGAUAAAAUUAAAUUGUCUUUUAUACUCUUCACUGAUGCAGCACCAUAGUUCCUUUAGAAACUUAUCCCCUUUACUUUCCAAGGUACUUACUUCUCACCUACCCAGUUCAAGGUUUGUACUGUAAGCUGCAUUCCAAGUUUUUUCCUCUUGGAUUUUUGACUCAAGGGCAAAACUAGUGGGCCAGAAAUCCAAGUGCAAAAAAGGAGGUUUGAGAAAUUACAGCACUGACCAAGAAAACAAGGGUAGUAGUUUAUUUUAUAUAUCUCUAGGUUCACAAAAUUUACUUAUUAUGACUACCCUUCAUUCACAAAAAUUCUGUAAUUUCUUUUUGUACAGAAAUUGCUUCUGAUGGUCUUAAGGGACGUGUGUUUGAAGCAUCAUUGGCUGACCUCCAAAACGACGAGGUUGCUUUCAGGAAGUUCAAGCUUAUUGUUGAGGAUGUCCAGGGUAAGAACUGCCUCACAAACUUUCAUGGCAUGGACAUGACAACAGACAAGCUGAGGUCACUGGUUAAGAAAUGGCAGGUCAGUAUUGUGGUCAUGAUUUUCAGUUGAGUGUUUAAAUUAUGAGGAGCAACAGUGCACAUGAUAUUUGUUAGUAAGCAGGUCAUUUUUCCAGGCAGUAAUUUGAAUUUGGGGCAGCACAUUAUCGUUGCCAUCCCCACUCGCUUCACCAGCAAAAAAUAUAUUUCCUUUGUACAGUUUACACUGUAAUAUCAGUAUGUUUAUUCUCCACACUGUUCUCUGUACAUUUCUUGAGGUGCUGACAAGGUGAAUUUGUCAAGCAAUCGAGUUUCUUUAGUUGAUGCAGGGCAUGAAAUUAACUUUUUUUUCUGAUAGCCAUUUGGCUCCUAAAUUCUUCAAAGUGGUAGCCAAUUCAAAAAAAGUUGGUCGCCAUUUUCAAAGACAAACAAAAUCUUUGUUUACGCUGGCAGCGUUCUAGAUAGACCCUCCAAAAUUAAAUUAGGGAAAAGAUCUUUAACGUGCUACAAAGUGGACACUAGGAUAGAUGAUAUACAACGUUCAGGCUUAUCUAAAUCCAAGAUGGCGUCUAGUUAUCAAUAGAGAUGCAUGUGCUACGUUUUGGAAACAAACUUAACGAGGAUGUUUGCCGCAGAUUUAUCUUUGCAAAUCUUUUCUGAUUCACUAUAUCUCUUGGUAAGGUUAUGAUGAAACGUUCUAGUCGCCAAUUUGGCGACUAACUUUCAGGAUUUAGUUGCCAAAGUGAAAAAUUUAGGUGCAUUGGCGCCUGUAUUAGGUGCAAUUUCAGGCCCUGUGAUGAUUAUUUCCUUUAUUCUGGUGAUCUUAAUGCUUUAUUCAGGGGUGAUAUUGUAAGGAGAAAGUAGAUGCUGGUCACUCUAAGGGGUCAAAGGUUGAAUUAUGUCCCAUACUGUUAAGAGUUUGAGAUUUUUCCAUGAAGGAGGAGGAGUGUUGGAAAGAGUAGCUGAAAAAAAGUGUCUGGUAUCAAGCUUGAUCUGUAUUCUUAAUCCAUUAUUUUUCUGUCUGUUUUAUAGACCCUGAUUGAGGCAGCUGUUGAUGUGAAAACCACUGAUGGUUACCUGUUGAGGUUGUUUUGCAUUGGUUUCACAAAAAAGCGAGCCAACCAAAUCAAGAAGACAGCCUAUGCCAAGCAUUCACAAGUGAAAGCCAUUCGCAAGAAGAUGGUGGACAUCAUUACUCGUGAUGUGAGCACCGGUGACCUCAAGGAUGCAGUUAACAAAUUGUAAGUUAUGUAACACUGGUAAAAUUGUCUGUGGUGAAAGUGGAGUGUAAUUAAGAGAACAUGAGAAAAGUUUAUAAAUCAUGUGCUCAGAAGCAAGUGGUUUACAAACUUUUAGAGAGUUCCCCCAACAUCCUGUGUGUGGUCUAAUGGUUUUCUAAAAUAAAAUUCAAUUUUCAUUGAUUGUUUAUUGUGUUAGUGUAUGGAAAUUCACAGUGCAUCUCUCAGAUAUUCUUGGAGAGUAUGCAAAUUUUGGGACAAAGGUGGAGCCAGUGUUUACAGAAUCUUAUUGAAUUGUUGUUUCCAUUUGCAGAAUCCCAGAUGCAUUUGGCCGAGACAUAGAGAAGGCAUGUCAGUCCAUCUACCCUCUCCACGAUGUAUUCAUCAGAAAGGUUAAGGUUCUCAAGAAACCCAAAUUUGAUCGUAAGUUUGCUCUCUAUUACUUUACAAGGAGCAUUCAAAUAGUAUGAUGUAUGUUAACUUUUAACACUGCAUCCACUAAAACCUGGGUAACCAAGGCACAAGACAAUGUAAAGGGAUUUUAACUCCCAAAAUCUGAUUGUUAUUUCUCCCCUUUAGAUGUUACACAUUUAAUAGUAAAUUAGUUACGAGAAUUUGGUGUUAGAUCAAGAUAACUUCUAUCUGAUAAGUUUGAAUAUUCUCAUUACCUGUUUGUUGGAUUAUGUAAGGAUAUUAUAGGGAGAAGUUUCAUGUUGAUCACUUCUGGGAGAUAAGGGGUUAACAUGCACCACUUCAUCUCUUGCAAGGUCAGCUGUAGUUGUAGAGAAAACCCCCUGAAAAAACCUGUAUAUCAAGUAUUGGCCGAAUUGAUGAACUGAAUUUGAUAGUAGUGGAGUCUGUAUUUUGAUGAAGGCCUUCCAGUUACCCCAGCAUUAGUAGCUGGCUUGAGAAAUAAAAACAGGAGAUCUUCUGGUAUUAUUAGUAACAAGAACCAUGAUUUAUUUCACGUCAAGUAAAACUGGAUGUUGCUUGCAGCAGUUAUUGCUCAACAUUAUGGCUCUUUAUAGUUUGUAACAAUGUCAAAAGCAAAUGCUAGAUGAUGUACUUUGCGGAAAAAAAUUUUCAACUUGCAACAACAGGAUGUGCACAUUGUACAGUACAGGUCACUCUAGUUUUAACUUUCAGUGCAACAUCUCACAACAAGUGGAAAGAAAAGGCAACUGGUCUUAUUUGGUGGUAAUGGUUUAAGAUUAAACAUGUCCUAUACUUUUUUUCCUUUCAGUUGGCAAGUUAAUGGAGAUGCACGGCGAGGGAGCAAGCCACAGCACCACAGAUGAGAGUGGCACCAAGAUUGAGCGCGACAGCUUCGAGCCACCUGUGCAGGAGUCUGUGUAAAAAAUAUUCAGUGAAAAUUGAACAUAGCAAAUUAAACUUCUGAAAGAAAAUGUGUGAUUGUGUUUAUUAUCAUAGAAUGUUUUAGUGACAGUGUUAACCUUUUCACCCUUAAGAUCUCACAAGUAAUUUUACUUGCUGUCUGCUAAUAGAAUUUGUUACUGGAUCAACUAGCAAUCUCCUGAUUAAUGUUUUCCUAUAUUCUCAUUUGUUUUUUCGAUAUUGAAAGGAAGGAUUCUGUCUGGGUCACUCGUAGGAGUUCAAGGGUGUAGUAUUCUGUUUACUGGAACAGUAAGGGGAGGAUGAAUGACAUUUCUAAUCUGAAAUUUGUUCUCUUUUUCUGUAACGCUAAAGGAGACAUGCAUCAACAAAGACAAUUGAAAUGCAAUAUGUUGGUCGGUCUAUUUAACUAAAACAAUCAUUUGCAUUUUGAGUACACUGAGUUUGAUUGGAGUCAUAUUUUUUUAGAACUGGAGUAGAUGUUGCAACAUCUUUGAUGAUAUUCAUGUUAUUGAAGCAUAUUCAGAGUUCCUGCAGAGGAAAUUUACAAGAACUAGACUUUUAAAAAAAAGUUGAUAGGGUUUUAACUUAUAUGAGAAACAGUUUGCAAAGUUCUGAAGUAUCAAAAAAAGUACAUGCAUGUUGAACGCUACCAUGAAUUAAUACACACAUCAAUGACUUACAAGGAGAUGAUCAUCUCUUCUUGAGUCUUUAUUCUCGUCAUUCUCGUUAUAAAUACACUUAAUUUAUAGCAACAGGAGAUCACUUCGGAUGAUCACAUCCAGAAAACGUAGAAAAAUUAUUUGCUGAAUUUAACACGGAUGAGCUUAACGUCAUGUUCAAUCGUUUUCCCAGUGAGGUACGACCAGGUAAGUGACAUGACAUUCUUAUUUCCCUGAUAAAUUUCGAUUGAAACCUUGAUUCGUGCCGUCACACAAUACAACGUACGAUAAAUAUGGGUGUAGCGCGAUAUUCUCAAUUGGACCUCAGUAAAAUUGUCACGCCAAGCUCACACAAGUGGUUCCCAGGCCGUUAGUCGUUUCCCUCCAACAUGUCCUUUACUGUUCGAUAAGUACACCUGUCCAUCUCGGGGCCGAUUUCUGCCAGAACGUCAUCCACCAAGGCGCGUUGUCUGGGUUGCUGAGAAAUGAUCAAUUCACCAAAAAGGUAGAUACCCAUUCCCUACAAAUGAGGAUAAAACAUGAUGGAGCAUUGUUGAAGCCUAAAUACUCCUCAUUGCCUCUCUAAGUUGGAACUUGAAUUACGCAUAAACAGAAUCCCGGGUAGUCACCGACACUGGUAAGUAGUUAUUUCAGUGCAUACUAAAACAGUUAGAUAAUAAAACGCAAAAGAUGAUUUUAACUCAUUUAUCCCUCCAAUGAUCAAAAAUACCAAAAUUGGCAGUAAUAUCGCAAUCUGAUCGGCCAACUUGCCGUUGUCGAUAAGAGUUCAUACGACACUGCUUGCGUCAACGUGUCACGCACUAAAAUAAUCGUUUUAUUUGGCGUCGAUACUGUGGUAAAAAAAAAAAAUUUGUUGCGGACUCACUCGGCUUCGCGUCGUGAGUCCACAAAAGUUUGACCAUUGUGAUGACGAAUAUCGUUUUUCGAAAAGAUUACAGACUACGCUAAGCCACUGUCGAUUUUUUAAAUUUUCAGGUGCAAAUCCUACGCGAGUUGCUCGGAAGUGUAGAGCAAAGGAUAUUUGGAGUUUAAGCAGCCAAUUAGAGCACGCCUUCAACGCGAUCAACUGUUUUAAUAUACUCCUAAUUCCAAUAACAGGAGAUUUCCAAAAAUUCAAGAAAGAAAAUUUCUAUUUUGAGCUUUUUUACCUACCUGAUCCUCUAUCAAAAAUCUUCUUACAUCUGUUAACCCUGGAGUGAAACUAUAACGAGAAUACAGGGAAAUAACUAUUUUUAGUAAGAGCAAGUAUGUUUGUUUUGCUUCCGUUCGUGCUUUGAUUGGUCUAGAAAACUCGCACCAGACUCUCGACCAAUCAGAUGCAAAACUAAAACCAUUGCAAUUUAGUCCGUCGUGAUUGGUUAAAAAGAAAUCGCAUCAUCCUCUCAACCAAUCAGAUGUAAGAGUACGGCAAAUGCGACGCGGUCGCUCACGUUUCUCCAAACUUCACGCUGUCUACGGUGCACCACUCCCUUUGAGUUCUCAUCGGUUUCUUGUAAUAUUUAAUACUUUGGCAUCACUAGCCGAUUUAAUCUUUUUGGUUUUUACGAUACUCAUUUGAAAGGCACUCCAACCAUCAUUAAAUCAACGGCGAACACUUGCCACACUUACUUAUGUUUUACCACGAGUUCACACCAGCGAUGUCGAAUCUGCAAAAUGAAAACACGCGGUCAUAACCAAUGCACCUAAAAUCCAAGGGCUGAGGAAUAUCAUGCUACAUAAACCUUCGUUUCGCUAUGUUUUUUAUUGCCGUUGUAGUGGCAGAUUACUCAGAGUUCCUUUUAGGACAUUCGUGUACUGUUGCAGCUGUUGAGAAAUGGCUGUUGGUGGAGGCUCGACACAACUAUCAUCAUUGGAAGUUAAUUUAAACUAUAAAUUUAGUUACGCAAGGUGAAGGUCAGAGAAACUACAAAGAACAUAAAAAGACUGUUAUAGUGGUUAAAAUUGGACGUUGUAUUCGAGAAACGGCUUCCAGGGAAGAAUUAAAUGAAAACAGCGCCAAAAAUAACUGACGAACCUCGGCAUUUCCGUUUGAUAAGUUGUAACACUUGUCCAACUGACGCAGUGUGUUAUGGGAUAUCGCCUCUCGCUCCAAAAGUUUUUCCAGCAACAAAACAACUUGUUCAGCGACUUCCUAACAUUCGAAAAUAAAAGAAAGAAAAGAAACCGUUAUAUUAACCGUCCGGUUACAGUCAUUCGCGAUUUGUAGAACUACAUCGUCGUUUGACUUCGGGAUUCUUCGGAUCGGUUCGGACAAGAGAUUAAAAACUUCAAAUUCCACCGCAGAAUCACUAACCAAUCAGCUGUUGUUCUCUAAAUAAUCGCACCGCAGGAACACGCACUAAAUUUAGAUUUUAAAAAAAGUAUCGUUGGAAUAAGGGUACGUCUGGGGAACAAUUGCAUUCACUUUAUGGUCUCGUGGUUCGGAUCGUUCCGAAAAAAAUACCGACCCACGGUUAUGACGUUUUUGGAGCGGCACAAGUACUACACAAUGGCUGCUGUUGUAUUUACAGGAAAAAAAAAAUAGCCCUCACCAAAUUGGAGCUGGGAGGUUGCUUUCUCUUUCGCAAUUUGAGCGUCUUGUUCCGUUUGUUAAUCAUGUCUUGUUUCUUCCAGACCUGAAACUGAAAAUAUCCGACAAUUCCACCAGAUCAGCAACUAGAAAUCGGCAAUGAAUCAAUUGAUAAAUACCAACAGUUUUCCUGAGCUAGGUAACCGGGCACAUACCUCGUUUUCCACUUGGGAAACAAGUUCAUUGUCCGGGCUGUCAAACCUCUUCGGAAAAGACUGGGUACAAAAAAAUAAGAACUCUGGCCGUUUAAGUAUUAAUCCUUUACACCCUAACAUCAGUAUGCAUAUUCUCCAUACUGUUAUCUAUUCAUUCACUAAGAUGCUGACAUGGAGAACAUGUCAAACAAUCAAGAGCUUCUCUUUAGCUUUAGUCGGUGAUCCAUUCAUAUUCUCACAACCUCAAUGUGUGACUAGUAGCGUGCAUACAAAACUUUGACCAUUCCUAUUGACUGGAAACACUUCAAUUAGUCCCGAACGACAAACAACGCUGAAAUAUAAUGUAUAUUAUUGACAAACAAUCAAAUAAUUUCUCUUGGAAUUCUGAAUAAUUAAGGACUUGUAAAUUUUCAAAACACUACCAAUUACAUUUGACCUGAGGACUUAGGCAUUUUUUCUGGCCUUUGAAAAAAAUUCUCUAAAUCACUGAUUCCUUAUUCCAGAACACAAUGACACUUACAAAAUUAUUGAUUUAGUUUUUAGCUUGACAGGUUUAAUGCUUUCUACCUUUUCUUCAUUAUUUUUACCGUACAAUAAGAUACCUCUCCUUUCCUUUCCCUCCCCGCCAAACCCAUUCAAGGAGUGCGAAAAAUCUCUAGUGGCUGGCACCUUCACAGCCCUCUCAGUCUACUCGAAGCGACUGAAUAGUUUUUGUCUGCUAAACAAUUCUAAUAAUAUCAUUAGCUUUUUUCAUCAGCCAGUUUGGGGAGCCAGUGUCUAUUUUGCGCUUAUUUGUUCCUAGCUACAUAACAAACUCACCUUGGGUAAUCCCGGUCUUUCCAGCCAUUCGCUCAUAAAAUUAUCCUUCAUUUCUCUUUAACAAGAAAGAAGCUCACAGUUACUAUAGUAUCACAAAAAGACAGAACGAAGGGAAAUGCUUUAUUCAACGGUUACGAUAGAAGCUCUUGAUUCUUACCUUGGUACAUCGGGAAAACUUUCAACAAAGAAGCCAAAAAAGUCCUAUACGGUCAUAAAAAAGUAACGAUUAAUAACACCUCAUAGAAAGUCUUGAUAGCCCACAAGCGGUUAAGGAUGUUUAAGAGUCGUUUUGAAUUUGCAUUUCACAAAAGCCGUUUUGAAUUUGGAUUUUAUGAGAGAAUGUAUUUAUAGGAGAAUGUAUCCGAAUAAAAAAGAGUGUCUUAAAAAUCUGCCUUCAGUAAAAAUAUAAAAAAAGGACGUACUUUACUUUUGAGUUAUUUCUUUAACUAUCUCUUUGUGACUGAUGCCGUUUCAAUACCAACUUAGAUUUCAAGUUGUACCACCUAUAACAAUUGUUUUCACUUUACAUAGAAAGUUAUAGAAAUAACUCAAAAGCAAGCUAAGAUAGUCAUUUCUAUUGCAUAAUUUUUACUUGAGGCAGAAAUUCCCUUGUAAAAUGCAAAUUCAAACGGCACUCGUAAUAUGCAAAUUAAAAACUGCUCUUAUUCAACCUGGGCUGCCUGCGGAUACUGCUAUAUCUGACUAAUUCCCCUUGAAAAUUCAAUAUUCCUUAAAACUUUGAAAACUUUAAUACUUUAUACCUAAAUUGCCUAGAGUUUUGACCCGUGUAUCUACACCAUAUGCCAAAACUUCAUGACAAACGAGAUUACUCAUACUAACUAUGCCGGACACUAAUCGACAAUAGAAUUGGCGCACUAAUACAAGUAAAGGUUCACCGAGGCAGAAUUCGUCCUUAUACUUGGACAAACCAAUUUAUUUCAUACUUAAGUCGAUGAAAAAAUUUACUUCCGACAGUUUUUUUAAUGGGAUGAGGAUCUAUACUAUUGCGGCACAGCAGCUUCAUUGAAUCUUAAGCCAUAAAAAUAAACACCGGACUUACCUCUGAAGUAACAAGUUGCUCUCUGAAAUGUUGGACAUAUUCAAACAAAAACUGAUCGAAUUCCUCAAGUCCAACCAUAGUCGCCAUGCGAUGAAGUAAAAAGUAUCCCUGCAAGGAACAAGACAUGAUCAUACGGCCCUACGCUGUUGUACAGCGGUUGUAUGGGGUGGUAAGGACUGCACUUGUGCCAAGAGGGUGAUUCCGCCGGAGCCUGUCCCGAUUUUCGUUUCAUGUAGCGAGUAGGAUUACUUUACUACCCCAGGAUGGCAUGUUAAUUCACGGCUGGUUCAUCACAGGUUCCCUUCCACUAACCCAAAAUUUCGCCGUACCCAUUUGACCCCUGACUGACAUGACUGACCAAGACUGAAUUUCUCCUUACAAUAUCAAUCAGACAGAUGAUGAGAAUAAAAGAGAUUAUGAAUUGAUCCUAUACCAAAUCGUCUGAAUUGAACAGCAGACAGUAAGGUGGAUUACUGAUGAGAUCUUGAGGAUGAAGGGGUUGAACUCCUGGGUGGAGAAAGACAAUGUGUUUUACCCAAGAACACAAGACAAUGACCCGCUUUGGUCUCGAACCCGGACCUCUCGAUCCGGAGUCCAGUGCACUGACCAUUAGGCCACCAUGUCGCGGUUUCCUGCUCUCACUGAACAAAUGAACAAUAAGUAAACAGGGUGCACCUUGAGGUAAUGAACUUGUGUCCAUUUUCUGGAGCAGAUUUGACCGAACUGGACCACAGUGUGAGGUUUGAUAGACACAGAAUCAGACUGACGCGAGCUCCUCUUAACUGCUUCGGCUGCUGAAAUAGCUGUGAAUCAUAAAACCAAGCGUUAAUGGGGCUACUUUGAAAGUUAGACAGUUCCUUUGAUUCGCUCUGAAGAAGGGCUAACUCUCGAAACGUCAGCUUUGAAACUCUUUCCGGUGACCAAUUUACGUUAUCAACUGAGUUGAUGAUACUAAAUUACCCUGGUUUUUUGUCUGUUCUCUCAGUGCUAUUGUUGAUAAAAAAAACUGACUUUAAAUAAGUAGGGGCUAGCUUGGAAACCUCACGGUUCAAAACUUUCCGAUUAACUGCGUAUUCUUUUCUCAUAAUCUUAUUGUAAUAGCUCUUUUUGUGAACAAUAACAGAUUCAUUUGUUAUUAGAGUCAGUUGUUACCAUAACUAAAAGGAAAGGCUCUUACCAGAUUUCGGUUUAGCAACUUUGGGCCUGAAACGAAAAGAAAACAUCCCAUUUAGUUAGCUUUACAUGCAAAAUUAUAGGCUUGUCUUGAAUUCUGCAUUUCAACGAUUCCUUGGUUUUGGUUACAGCAUUUAGAGCAAGGUGCGUAUGAAACUGACUACCUUUGCUGCCGGAGCCUACCCCUGUACGGGAUGCUAGUCCACGCAGUUGACCCUCCCCCACCAAGUAUUUUCCCAAGUUACACUCCAGGGUGGGGGGGAGAGGCACUGCAAAAGUAAGUCUUACCUAAAUCUUCAUUUGUAAGUCACUGUUAUUUGCCUCUCCAAAUAUUUUUAUCUUUACGAUUUUCUUACCUCAAACACUUGAGACUAUCAUCACACUCCUUGAUUUCAGACAAUAAACAUCUGUGCCGGAGAAUUUGCCUAAUUUCUCGAAAAAAUCUGUCUUUAUCACUAGACCACUGCGGAAGAAAGAAAUUCGCCAAAUUCAGUAGAACACAGGUUACAAAAAUACUGUCUCAAAGCCUGCGUAGUUGGCAGUUUUGAAGCGAUGAGUGGCCGCUUGAGAUGGGAGAUACUCCACCUUCGCAGCUCACAAACGAGCGCACACAAAACCAUCAUCAAGUGCUAAAAAGAAAAAAAAAGCAGGCGUAGCGUCUUCAUGUCCAUAUGGGGCAUUUGAGGUUGCUGAAAAAAUACCGAUCUUAAAACAAGUAUCCAUACUAGUAAGAGAGAGUGGUUCCUAAAAGCAGACCAGCCGGUCAUUUUACAAAGCGUAGCCAGAAAGGAGAACUCAGGGUAACAAAGAUAAAAUCCAGCGAGUAGCAGAGAGGAAGACUCGGACCCAGGAUCCCACCAGUACCCUUACCACUCGGCCUCUCUCCAGUACACUCUCUCUUAUAAUGUACAUAAGUUACAUGUUAAUAACUUCUGGAAGUUAAAGGGUCAAGUAUGGACGUAAGUAAUUGUUAUUCUCCAAUCUCAUAGUCUAAAAGUUAAGGUUUCGGUCAAGCGUAGAUGAAAGCGGUAAAAAUUCACCGCUUCGUGUCUCGGCAAAUUUCCACCAGUAUUCACCUCCACUUCGGUGAAUGGUUGUCCACUAUUAAUGUCGGGAAUUUAUUUUUACUUAUUUUGCGUAAGAAACACGAACUGUCCACGUACCCUCUCAGCCUUUGAUUGAAUCUUCUCUUCUAUGAACGUGGCGAACCCCUCUGAAAGCCAUUCCUCGCUCCAGUCCUUGGCGCCAACCAGGAGCCCGAACCAGGCGUGCGAGAUCUCAUGAGCCAGUCGCACGCGCAUGCUCGCAUCACCAGAAAGAAGGGACUGGGAAAGAAACACCAGAUUGGGACUAAAAGACAAAAAAAAAGAGAUGAAAGUCACCUUGGAUUGAGUUCCAAGGUUAAGGUUUUGGACGACAUAAAAGAAAGCGGAAUUUUGAACUAGUUAUGAGCAACUGGUCUAGGACGAAAGAGCGGAUCUUGAAAACGAGAACGAACUGAAUAUAAACCAACCUUUUGAGUCCCAUGCAAGCGAAACACUUUGGCAAAACCAACAUGUCCAACCGUCUGAAUGGAUAAGGACCUAACAACUCGCAGGAAGCUUCUAGAAAUUUAGGCGCGUAUUCUAGCAACUCCUCUGCCGCCCUGUCAAUCAAACUGGGCGGAGCAAACAAACGACACGUGACCGGCACAUUGGGAUUAUCACCGUUUUUAGUGUCAGCGAUUCUAGAUAGCCGGCACUCCCACCAGCCCACAGCCAAGGCCAGAGUCGAGCAGGGCAGUGGACAAUCCAUCUCAUAGUGGUAGGUCACUGCAACAUGAUACAAAAAAAAAAAAGGUUUCUUCUAGAAAAUCCACGAUGCCGAUUUUUGUUAGACACUUGGGGUAUGAUUUUAGGAACAAAUGAGCAGUAGUUUCACGACUCUCUCCGACGACUUCUGCAAUUUAAAUUCCCAUCCAGAGUAUAAGUCGAGUCCAUAAUUUCGUCAAAACGCAAUCUGAUUGAUCAAACGGCACUAACAUUUUUGGCCGAUCACUGAGGCAGUAAAGGAAAACCAAUGACACUUCGAGUAGCUUUUGACAAAUGCCUCCCAUUCACCGAAUUAGGGAGACCAAUAUCUCUGUUUCUAGCGGCCGUGCAUUUACUGAUCGACAUAUACGCGCCAUUUAGCUACCUCACGAUUUUUCCAUCUAUCGUCAAUCAAGAUAUUAAAGUUAGUCGCCUGCAAUCUGUUUCAAUCUUCUCCAUCCUUACCGACCAGAAAAUGAAAGAAUUGAAGUCUUACCUUGAAUAUCAUUCCGGGUGGUUUUCCCAACAAACUGGUUCCCACUCAUUAACACAACACAGCCCUCCGGCACGUGGAUCGAUGCCUGCCAUGUUGACAUGGCAAUCGGAGGCUCCUGACAUGGCAUCAGAGAACGAUUAUUGAUGUACGCACCGGGUGAGUAGACAGAAGAC